ACUUCAAAGGGGGAGGAGUACGCUAAACCAACUGAAACUUAUAUAUUAAAUAGUCAAAAAAUACAAGUUGUCAGUCUAAUAAUACAUUUAGAUAUAAAGUGACUAGAGAGUAGAGACUUAAAAAAUAGAAAAGUAACAUGUCAGUGAAUGUAAAAGGUUGUUAGUUGCAAGAUAAGGGCGCGAGUGUGAGUAUUGAUCGAGCGAGUGGUGGAGCCCGGUCCGUGUGCCAUGGUGGAGGCGUGAGUGAUUUUCGACGCCCGUACACCCACACGACGCCCACGCCGCCAUGGAGGUGGUUGGGGAGUACGAAUACAGCACCAAGGACCUCAUAGGUCAUGGUGCUUUCGCCGUGGUGUUCAAAGGGCGGCACAAACAGAAACCCGGCCUUACAGUUGCCAUAAAAAGCAUCACUAAGAAGAACAUCGCAAAGAGCCAGAAUCUCUUGGGGAAAGAAAUAAAAAUCCUUAAGGUAUGCCGUGAGUCCGGGCUGUUGUGGCCGCUUGUGAGUACGACCUGGUUGUUACGUGCCUCUGCUCUGGGUUAUCUUCCUCCCCGUAUUUCUUUUUAAUUUAUCUUUUUCUUUAUCUG